UGUUUUCUAGGGUUUAUGCUCUUCCAUGGCCGGGUCACGCAACACUUACUCGUUCCCCACGCUCGAGAGGAAGGAGAUCCUCAAGUGCCUGGCGCAGAUCGGCGUGACCGACCUCUCGGAGGAGAAUCUGGUAAAGCCGUCUAGGGAGAUCAUCUGGCCGCUAUACGAGAAUCUGGUGCAAUACCUUGUGGGAAUCCCCAGGAAUGAGCUCCAGCAGCCCGUUCUUGGCGCCUUGGAUUGCGUGCGGCAUCAGGAGCUCUAUGCUGAUUCAGUCGGGACUCUGGCGUCGUUUCGUGCGAUUUCCAAGCUCAUGCAUGCCGCUGGUGUGGAUGAUUUCGGAACCAGGGAUAUUUUCAGGCCGGAGCCGGCUAGAACAGUCCACGCGCUGAGCGCUGUGAUCAACUUUGCAUACUUCAGAGCGGAGAGGGAACUUCCAGAUACCGAGACUGAGCUUGUGGACAGAAUCCAGCAAUUGGAAGAAACCAGGAUACAGCUUCAAAACGCAAUUGCUCAAAACGAGGCGGAGCGAAAAGCUGAGGAGCCUCAAGUCCAGAAAUUAUCCGUGGAGGCGAAAGAACUGGAGCAGAAAAUCUACGCUCUCAACAAACAACAGGCCGUGUUGCAAAGCGACAUACGCGGGAUCAAAGAGGAGCUGAAUAAGCUGACUGAAAAGAUUGUAAGCGAGAAAGCCUCUGUUGCUCAAAUGAAACAAGAAGGGUUCCAGCUGCGGACACAGAUUGUACAAUCUCCCGACAAGCUUCGGAAAAUGCUUGAAGACAGGAGGGCGGCUGUUCAGAAUGCGGAAGCUGAGGUUGAAUCGGCCCGUCAAUCUGUCGUCAAAUGGAAGCACAAGUACGAGGCAUACACAAAAGCGAAAAGGAAAGUGCAAAAAUGCCUUGAUAUGAUGGACUCGCUGGACAAGCAGGUAAUUUCGUUACUCUCGCUCGACUCGCACGACGGAUUGACUUGUUUUGCUGUACAGGCGGCUCUUCAGAAGAAAAUGGUGAAAGAUUCGAAGGAGAUGAAGAUGAAACUUAAAGAGAAUGAAGAGAAGCAUUCGGUUAUCAGUGCGCAGCUGGAAAAGCUGAAAAUCGAAGGCCAGCAUUUUCACAAUCUACUGGAGAAGCUAGAUUCGUCCUUCGACGUCAAGUGCCAGGAGGCGGACAAGGAGCUUGAAGAUUUCAGGUUGCAAAAUGCGCCUCUGAUUGAUCAACUGGAUAAACAGGAAGAGCAAAUCGCGAGAAAGCAAGACGAGGUGGAAAUGAUCACAAGUAACUUAAACGAGGCUCGGUCGAAGAAAGAAGCCGGGCUCAAGGCCUUACACGACGAAGUGGAGCUGAUACAAAACGAGGUUCUGAGAUACAACGAGGACUUGAUGAGAGUGAUCGAGUCCUCCGAUGGACGUUUCAUACAAUAACUUGCCCAGAGUAUGACGCGCGGUACCGGCGGACGACCCAAACUAGAGGCGUUCCAGCUAUGCGUCACGUUGACUAUUUUGACCGGACGGUUGGAAUGCGCUGACCAAAUGUUUUUAAGCGCCAUUUACAGAAAAUGUUUAAAAAGUAGCUCUAUAGUUGCGAGCCAAAACGAAAAGGAUUCUCUGUAUGGAGAUUUCUUUACCAGUGUCACGUUUUAAGUGCAUUCUCAAUCUAACUCCAUCCAUCUCGUGAAA